AUGGACUUUAGUGGAACUUGGAAAGUUUAUUCUGAGGAGAAUCUGGAAGAGUUUCUCAAAGUCAUAGGAGCACCUGAGAUGAUUGUGAAAAUGCGAAAGGACGUCAAACCUGUGGUAGUGAUAGAGCAAAAUGGGAAAGAUUUCGUCUACACCAUCAAGACUCCAAUGUUUACUAGAUGCAUCGUCAGGGAGGAAAACGGGAAGCUGAUCUGUGAUGCUGACAAGUUCACUGCCGUUCGAGAGAUCCAGGGGGAUGAAAUGACAGAGACCAUCACUUCUGGUUCUGUAACAUUCAUCAGCAAAAGCAAACGGGCCUAA